CUCUAACUCGUUAUAUAAAUAGGUCUUCAUGUCUGAAAUUCCCACAGGCCCCAAAAUGAAUUUAAAAUCCUAAUAAUUGUAUCAAGGAUGGGGACCCAGUUGCGUUAAAAAAAAUCCCCGGUUACUAUUCAGCAACGCCCAACUGUAGCCCCGCCUCCUCCAUUCGCAACACUGCUUUGGAGCUCGGGAGUCUCCUUGUCAUCCAUUUCUUUCGAGAGAUACCAUUGGUUAAUCUGAACGUCCAUCAUGUGUUAAAUCCCCUUCUUCUAGAUUUGAUUGGUGUAUGUGAUCAGUGGGCGUGUCCUCGUCCUCAAAGGGUUGUUCCCCGGAGUGGCCAGACUUGCUGGGGGGACACAGGAUUGAGAGCUAAUAGGAGUAUCUAACGGGACAUGCGGACGGGUCGAUUUCUUCUAAUAUUUCAAGUGCUGUGACUGACGGUGUGAAGCGCCGCCAUGCCGCUGGUGAAGAGGAUCAUCGAGCCACGUCACCUCUGCCGAGGGGAGCUCCCCGUGGGCAUCGGCAACGAGCUGGAGUGCGUGAUGAACAACACGCUCUCUGCCAUCAUCCGUCAGCUCAGCAGCCUGAGUAAACAUGCGGAGGAUAUAUUCGGCGAGCUGUUUAAGGAGGCCAACACCUACUAUCUGCGCGCCAACUCUCUCCAGGACCGCAUUGACCGGCUGGCUGUCAAGGUCACACAGCUGGACUCCACUGUAGAAGAAGUUUCCCUGCAAGACAUCAACAUGAGGAAAGCCUUCAAGAGCUCCACCACUCAGGACCAGCAGGUGGUGUCCAAGAGCAGCGUGCCCAAUCCUGUCAAGGACAUAUACAACCUGAGUGAUAAGCCUCCGCCCCUCAACAUCCUCUCAUCUUACAGGGAUGACCACAAGGAAGCGCUUAAGUUCUACACCGACCCCUCCUACUUCUUCAACUUGUGGAAGGAAACGAUGGUGCAGGACACAGAGGAUAAAAGGAAAGAGAAGAGGAAGCAGAAGGAGCAGAAGCGUUGUGUGGAUGGAACGUUACAGAGGGAGGUGAAGAAGGUCCGAAAGGCGAGGAACCGUCGGCAGGAGUGGAACAUGAUGGCUCUGGACAAAGAGCUGAGGCCGGACAAUCGACACACCAUACACCGCGACCGAGGGGCUUCCUCCGAGGGCUCGAUGUCACCAGAGAACAGGGGUCACGGUCCUGAUCAGCACCACUACAACAUGAUGAACCAGGCCGGCCACGCCCACACCUACUCUGGCCCACCGCCCAGCGCGCUGGCUGCCCAGAUGGCUGCAGCGGGCCACGCCCCACGCGGAGGAGGUGAACAUGACAUGAGAGGCAGGACCAUGAUGGCCUAUCAGGGUGGGACACUGGGGCGCUCUCACCACCACCAAGUCCAGCUGCCUCCUCCACCCUCUGAGGCGAUGAACGGUGGCUCCAUGUCCCUUCCACCAAUGGACUACAGUAUGGAUGGCUAUGCCAACACUGGUCCUCCUCCUCCCCCCCCUGCCCCCCUCAUUCCUUCUGCCCAAACUGCAUUUGCCUCACCUCCCGGAGGUCCAAUGUCUCUCGGGCAAAUGGCCGGCGCCGGUGGCUUCGCUCUGCCUCCGCCACCUAUAUGUGGAGCCCUAGCAGCGCCCCCUCCCCCUGGUCCUCCACCCCCUCCCCUCCCAGCCGGUGCAUUCCACUCUUCAAGCCGCAAGAUGUCUUCCUCUGCACCUGCUGAGACCUCAGAUGGCAACGAGGCCCGCAGUGAUCUGCUGGCUGCUAUACGUAUGGGCAUCCAGUUAAAGAAGGUGCAGGAGCAGCAGGAGCAGCAGGCGAAGAGGGAGCCCGUCGGAAACGACGUGGCCACCAUCCUCUCACGGCGCAUCGCUGUGGAGUACUCCGACUCCGAGGACGACUCCGAGUUGGAGGAGAACGAUUGGUCGGAUUAACAUGCACGCAAAAAAACAACUGAAAAUACACACACCACAACACACACACACACACACACACACACACACAUUCAGUCGAUCUCACACUCACUUGAAAGAAUGCUUACUGUACCACACUCACGGGUUGUCCCACACUUUGUGGCUGAAACACACACACACACACACACACAUAUACACACACACAAUCACAUGCUGUAGGUUCAUAUAAGCUGAAUGGUCCAAAACUGGAAAUGUGAGGGUGCAUUCAAGAUGCAUAAACACUGUAUAGACACUCGUAACAUACUGUAAUACUUACCACUCAUUGAAACAUUAACAUGUAGCUCGACAUAUAUAUAUCUAUAUCUAUAGAUAUAUAUCUUAAAGCCUUGUGAUUACACCCCAGUGGAUGUUUCUCUACCUGUUAUAACACUAGACACCCUGUGAAGGUGCUAACUUCAUGUAUAGUCAAAGCCUGAGAGUGUUAGAAGAAUUAGAAACUUCCCUCUUGAGCUAACCAAUGUAUUUGUCUUUUUUUGUUAAUGUUUUUACUGAAACACUCGCGUAUGCUGUAGACCAAGAGUCGUGUUUUGAAACACGACAAUAACUGGAAGUGAAGGAGUCACGGAGUUAUUGACGACGGGUUCAUGCCUCUGAGGAAGUGAAUGGGGAGAGCAUUUUAAAUACUGUGUUAUGGAUGUAUGAGCAGGUGAUACGUGAUGAGUCUUAAUUAAUGAUUUAAAUGAUAAUUGAUUGUGCCAUAUGCAAUCGAUCACUGCUGUGCGGGAGGGCGGGGGUGUUGUCAUGCAUAUGCUAGUGUGAGCUCUGUAACCUUUGACCCAGAGAAAAAUAAAAUGAUGAAUCAAUGAUCGCG